UAGUCCCAUUUCCACUCAUUCUCUCCCCCAAACAACUGAAGCAACCCACUUUGAUGGCGGCGGCUGGCCGGCUCCGCGACACCACCGACUCGCACUUCCGCGGCGUGAGGAAGCGCCCCUGGGGCCGCUUCGCCGCCGAGAUCAGGGAUCCCGCGAAGAAGAGCCGCGUCUGGCUGGGCACUUUCGACACGGCCGAGGAGGCCGCCCGCGCCUACGACGCCGCCGCCCGCCGAUUCCGCGGCCACAAGGCCAAGACCAACUUCCCUCCUCCCACCGAUUCCAACCUUGUGCACCUCACCCUCGGCCGGCCGGCGAUGCUCAAUCUCCGGCCCGAGUCGCGGCAGGAAAUUAUCCAAGUGAUUAACCAAAUGCGGCGCCCCACGCUGGAUUUUCUAGGGAGCGAUUCAGAGUCGUGUUCGGCCGUGGUGGACAUGCCGGGAAGAGGCAUCGCUCUCGAUCUCAACCUCCCUCCUCCCGAAUAUACUUAGUUGGAGGAAUUUGUAUCCGAGUAAUAAAAAAACUAAAAUAUUUAGAUGGUUAAUUGUAGAUGAGAGAUCGAAGACCGUCGGAUGUCAAUAGUUAGAAUAUGUCCCAUUUUCUGCCGGGAUUUGGGAUUUGGGAUUUGGGAUUUGUUGUUUUCUUAUCAAUGGAAUGCUAUUUCAGCAAAA